GUGUGGUCGGUAGUGUUGUGUGUGUUGGUGCUACAAGUCACCAGGAUGGUGUCGCUCAAGGUGGUGUGUGUGAUGGCGUGUGUUGUUGUGGUGGUGAAUGCCACAGCUGUCCCCAUCCCCAGAUCAAACCCUCAACCCUGGCCACUUCCCCAGCCUCAGCCCACUCCACAACCUUCCCCACACGCAGACGGUAUCCCCAGCGCAGAUUCAACUGUCGGAGGCAAAAGUCCUAAUUCAGGGCCUAGUCCCUUACCUGAUACGGCCUCGAAGCCUGAUGUAGGGCCCUCGGCCAUUCCACAACCUAAGGGCCAACAAGACAAAGACUCUUUUCUAAGACGAUCAGGAUCAAGACGCAGAGGAACACUUGAUUCCAGACUUAAGAUGAACGCCAGGAUGAAGGGCGCACGCUUUCCAUUUUUCUUGCCGCCAGAAGAUGGUGAGCGGAUCAGAGAACCUGCAAAUAGUGUAGGUGAAGGUGAUACAGCAGCCUUGAGGGACAUCCAACACAAGCGUGGCAACAUUAUACCAAUGCUACAACCAGUACCACUGGACCAGGAAGGCAACCCUACUGCUCGACCUUCCAGCCAGCGCGCUCUUGAGGUACCUGUUGGUACCGGUAUACUUGUCAGCACCGGCGCGGGGUCUCGCCCAACCAGUGGACCUUCUGGUUUACCUCAGUUUCCAUUCGAUAACUCCUCAAAUCGACCUAAUAAUCCCGCAAGGCAGCCAUUUGAUGUUUCGCCAGGUCAACCAUUCGGGAGUAACACUCCACAGUUCAGUUUCCCGAAUGCUCCUCCAACUGGAACCAUACCUCCGCCUCCCACUUUUCCUCUCUCGCCUCCCAUAUCAUCUCAGAGACCUCUCCCUGGGUCUCUUUUCCCAAAUUCUCUUUUCCCAACACCUGCAACCCAAAGCCCCUCGUUUCCACAGCAAACAACACCCUUCCCAUUUGCACCCCAGAGGCCGACGUCUUUCUUCCCAACCACACCAAGACCCUUUAUUCCAGGUUCAACCUCCGCUAGUCCCUUAAAUCCCAGUACCUUUACACCACGACCAACAAUACCAAGCUCCUUUACACCAUUUCCGACAACACCAAAUCCCCUUUUCCCAAGACCAACAACCCCAAGCUCCUUUAACCCAAGUUCCUUUAACCCAAAUUCUUUUACCCCAAGCUCCUUUACUCCAGUUCCAACAACCCCAAAUUCCUUUACCCCAUUUCCAAUAAACCCAAGCUCGUUCAAUCCAAAUUCCUUCAACCCAGUAUCAACAACGCCAAAUCCCUUUGCUUCGGUAUCCAAUACUACGCCGAAUCCUUCUUUUCCGGUUUCUAACACCCCCAACUUAUUUUUCCCGUUAUUUAAUACCCGACGACCCUCAUUCCCAGUUUCUAACAACCCUAAUUUCUUUGUCCCUGUACCUAAUGCCCAAAAUCCUUUGUUCCCUUUAUCUAAUCCUAAUUUAUUUUUCCCUGUUUCUAAUGUUCAAGGUCCCUCAUUCCCAGUGUCUAACAACCCUAAUUUAUUUUUCCCUUUAUCUAAUGGUCAAAAUCCUUCUUUUCCAGUAUCUAACAACCCUAAUUUAUUUUUCCCAGCGUCUAAUGACCAAAACUUUUUAUUUCCAUUAUCUAACAAUCCUAAUUUCUUUGUCCCGCCUACUAAUUCCCUAGGUAACUCAUCCCCAUUAUCUAACACUCAGAACUUCCUCUUCCCAGUAUCAACAACAACCGUCAGUCCUUCUCAGAGACCCACAAACUUCCAACAAUUUUUUCCUCCCUCCUCGACCCCUAACGUUCUUUUUCAAGGACAAACUAGCCAAGCCCCAUUCUCGCCGGAGGUUACGACGCGGAGGCCAUUCUUCCCGAUACCAACAGCUCAAAGCUCUCCACAAGAGAGACCAUCGACGUCCAACGCGUUCUUCCCAGGACCAACCAGCACCUCCACAAGUUCUCCAGCAGUGUUUUCUAGACCAACGGGAGCUCCUCCAAUAUUCCCCGGUCCACCGCCACCUCCAGAGGAGCCUCAGAACUCACAAGGUUCAGCUUCAGGGUUCUCGAGACCAACUUCAAAGCCCACCGUGAAUCCGAUCCCGUCGUUCGGUCAACAGAAUCCAAACUCUCUCUCUCCCAUCCCCAACUUCAACAGAUUCCCAGCUGUCCGGCCCCUCCCUCCCCAGAAUCAAGGGUUCUCACAAUUCACAAAUUAGAAUGCCCAUAUCUUGAAUUUUCCCAGUGCCACAGACCCUGUCCGGCUGGACAUACCUGAGGAAGAGAAAGACAGUGACAUAGUUACAGGAGCUUUCUUAUCUCCGGUGUUGGCACUGCAGUCACAUCUCCACGAAUUCGGACAAAUUAGAAGUUAACUACUUCAUGUUGAAAGGAUUUAGGGCAGACUGAAAGCAUUUCAGUGUAUUAAGAAGUCAGUUUAUGCCAAAUAAGAAACUAUUUUAAUCUGGCAGUGAUUAUCAUAAAAGUAUCUAUGGCAUCGAAAUAUGAUUUUCGAUAAGCAUUGUGUUAUUUUAAAAUAGUCGGUCAUUUCCGAUCAAAACCCAGCCAUUUUGAGUAUUAAAAGGCUUUUAUACGAAGUACAAUGAUCUGACGAAAUUUAAACUAAUUUCCUUCCCCAAAAUCAUUUGUUGGUUUGUUUAGCACAUAUUAAAAAAAUGCUCAUUGAGCAGUUAACACAAUUAUUCUAAUCCAUUUGUAGCAUAAUGUUUUCACUUAUGAUAAUAGCUCUAUAUCAAUUUCGAAAACCUCAAAACUGGAAGAGGGAAUGAACACUUUUCAGAUUCUUCUUAUAAUUCAUAAUAAUUUUUAUUAUAAGUAGUAUGUUUGGUUAAACAAAUUGUUAACGUAUUUGUAGGAAAACAUGAGGAAGCACAUUUGUCUGUUGUGCUCUUUUUGCCCUUAAAGAAAAAUAGCCGCUGUUAAUACUGGCUUCCUUACCUUCGUGUGUCAGUGAGAGCGUAAUGGUUAUCAUUAUAAUCAUAAUUUUUAAAGGAGUGGACGGGUAAGCCAAUGGAAGGUCUCGGUCAGAUGAUCAAAAGCUCCAGCUGUGGGUCAUCAUAUGACAAAGACUCACGUCAGGAAAUACUUGUCUUGUUUCCUGACAAGUCUUACCUAACCUAACCUUCGUGUGUGUGACUAUUUAAUGGUCCAAGUGGGACCGAAACGUUGUCCAUAAGUUUCUCUCUGCUAUGUGCGGGUUAUGUGUGUAUGAUAGUUUACUCUAACGUCAGUUUUAGGGAUUAUAGUAUUCUUGACUGGUGGUGUACAGGUGGCUUGGUUGGCAACGCUCUCUCCUUACACAUUGAGUGUUCGUGGUUCGAUCUCUGGUAUGAAUGCAUAUGUUGGGCAUGUUUCCUUACACAUGCUGUCCCUGUUCACCUAGCAGUAAGUAGGUACCCGGGUAUUAGUCGACUAGUGUGGGUGGCAUCCUGGGGGCCAUGACUUCAGGACUCGAAUAGAAAUAAGACAGACAGUCCUCGAUGACGCACUGACUUUCUUGGGUUAUUCUGGGUGGCUAACCCUCAGGGUUAAAAAUCCAAAUAAAUCUUAUCGUCGUGUAGUCAGUAGGGGUUUUAAACGCAAUAAACCAACCAACCUUUUAGAGAUUUAGAUUUUUAGAUUUUGCCACCGAAGUGGCUAGUUUAUUGUGCACCCCAUAUCCAUCCUGUAGACGGUAGCGCAAGAGCAUAUGGAUACACAAAAGGCCUAGGAACUAAGACCCAAAAGGGGUUAACAGGUGUACAUAUGGAUUUAUACCUACAUAUCUACAGUUCACUUAUGUGUUACAAGCAAAUUUAGGGAAUUUGCUUAGUAUAUCUGGUAUCUUAUUUUCAUUAAUAAGAUAUCUUGACAUGUAACAUAGGUUAUUAUACUGUCUAUCUCUGUAUUCCUCAAUAAGUGGACAAUUAAGCACACAGUGUUCAAGACAGUGACCAUAUGCCUGGUCACAUAAUUUGCAUUUAGUUUGAUCAUCAUCUGUGUGUCUCCCAAACUGCCAGAAGUACUUGUAACCAAGCCUAAGCCUGGCCACUACAACAUCAGUCAGUCUGUUCACAUUGCAAGUUGCUCCAUAAACAUACUUAUCUACGUUCAUGUUAUCAUAGUGGGUUAUAGAUCUACUCAGGCUUCUAACUGCAUCCCUAUAACAAUCAUUUUCAUUAUUUACUUCUCUUCUAAUAUUAUUCCUAAUGCUAGACACAGAUAUACUAAAGUUAUAUUCUACAUUCUCCUUCAGGGUACUCUUCUUGGCUAGCAUAUCAACUUUAUCAUGAAGGAGUAAUUCAAUGUGUGAUGGGAUCCAUAGCAACUGUAUAUUAAUUCCUUUGUCCCUGAUUUUUGAGUAACUAUACCUGGCUUCUCCAAUGAGCAUGUUGUUGGAGUCAUUAUAGGAAUCAAGAACACUCAGUGAUGACAUGGAAUCAGUAAUGAUGAUCGAGUCACUCUCAGUGUCGUAAGUUAGCUUUAGCGCCAUUAGGAUUGCAAACAAUUCAGUUUGCAAUGUAGACGCCCAGUUGUUAAUUCUUAUGCCUAGUUCAACAAAGUUUAUUAUCGUUCUUGACUAGGGAGGUGGUAACAAGAGCAGAUGCAGCCCUGCCAGAAGACUCCUGUUUAGAUCCAUCAGUAUAUAACUUGUAUAACUUAUUACUACCAGCUAGGCGAGAAAUUUCUUCUUGAGCAGUUGCUUUAACAAGUGAUUUAAGGAAGGGAUUACUAGCAAUGAGCUUCUUGGGAGGGACUUGCAGGUAUGUGAUAUUAAAUGAACACAUCUUCCAUGGAGGGGUGAAAUGCUCUUGUUGUCUACAGUGAUACAGUUCAUGCAGGUUAUAAAACUAUGCAGUUGCACGUUUUCACAAUCCAUUUAGAUCUGUGUGUAUCUACUUCGAGACAUUUAGUAAGAUGCAUUGUGACAGUGUCUGGUUCAUUUCUUAACAUUAUAAUGCAGAAUACAGUGUUAAUCUCAACAAUCCUCUCACUGAUACUAGAAAUACCAAGCUCCGUCUUAAUAUUAAGAACCUUUGUAGAUUUGGGACAGCCAAGAAUAAUUCUGAGAGCUUCAUUUUGCAUUAACUCCAAGGGUCGGAGAAAACUUUCUCCAGCUAAUAUCAACAUGGGAGCAACAUAAUCAAUUAAGGACCUAACAUAGGCUAUGUACAUCAUUCUCACGAUUCUCACAUUAGCACCAUAGUUGGGGUUGUAGCAGCAACAGCUUUGAGAGCAUUUAGCCUAUAUUUGCAUUUCUUAUUUAGUUGUGGUACAAUGGAUUUGUUAAAGUGUACAUCUACACCAAGAUAUCUGUAAGUUUUAACAUAGCUAAUGUUUUCACCCUGUAAAUAGAUGGGUGGGGGAUGUCGUUUGCUUGUUAAUAUCUUUGUUUUAGAGGAAGAUAUUAUGAGGCCUAGUCGAUUACAAAUUGCUUGAACUUCAUUAAGAAUGGUACUCAUCUUCUUAUGCCCUGUUGUAUAGAUCAUGAUGUCAUCAGCAUAGUUUAUAGCUAUAUGUUUAGGUGAGGCAGGCAGAGCAUUUAGGAGAGCAUUAAUCAGAAUAUUAAAUAGCAUGGGACUGAGAACUCCUCCCUGCGGUGUGCCUAGGGGCAUUUCUUUAGACUCACUUCUAAAGCCUUGGUAGAGGACAGAGGAUACUCUAUUUGACAGGUAUCCUAUUACCCAGCAGAGUAAGCUACCACCAAUAUUCAUUUUGGCUAGUUCAUGUAGUAUAACGGUUGUGUUCGCGAUAUCAAAUGCAGAUUUUAGAUCAAGAAAUGUGGUAAAACUAGUAGAGGUGUAUGCAGUGAGAAAGGUGGAAAUACAGUUCUGCACACUUUUACCUUUCAUGAACCCAUAGAGGUAGGGGGAAAGUUUGGUGUCUGAUUCUGUAGUACAGUCUGUUAAGUAUCAUUCUUUCAAAAGUUUUACAAAGACAACUAGUUAAGGAGAUCGGUCUAAAUGUAUCAGGCUGUUGGGGUUUAGGGAUAGGCACGAUGAGACUAUUGGUCCAGGAAGUAGGAAGAACGUCCUCAAUGUAACUGAGAUUAUACAGUGCCAACAAUGGGUUAUCAGGCAUGUGCCUUAGAGUUCUGAGAAUAUCAUAGGUUAUACCAUCCUCUCCAUGAGCAGUUGAUCGACCUUUAGUUAAUACAUUAUCUAAUUCAUACUCGGUGAAGAGGCAAUCACUCUCAUCAGUAUUUUGGCUCAUAAAAUUAAUCAGUUUCAGCAUUUCUUCAGAAGCACACCUUUAAGAGGGAAAUCUUCAUCCCACAUUAUUAAUUGUUAAGGAAAGGUCUUUGAGGUGUUUAAUUUGCUCGCCUUCUCUCGACCCGCACACUACAGAAGAAAACUUUGUUCGGAUUUAUAACUCCGGAGGGUUAGUAAUCUAGAAUAACCCAAGAAAACUAAUCACUGUGGCUUACUUCCACUGAGGUCCUUGGAUCCUCUUCCACAGGAUGCGACCUACAUACUACCAGGUGAACAGGGGCAGCAGGUCAACGGUAACAUGCCCAACGUUUCAACUCGUCACAGGAUUGUCUCCCUCUCCCCAGUCCUUUAAGUUUUUGUCAUGGGGCUAUCAUUGAGCCACGAGCCAUGUUCAUAUAGAAGCACUGAACCAGUUGGGGGUUAGGAGGUAAUGAGAUUUAAUGAAAAUAAGGUGUGGGUAGCUCCAAUUCUUUGGAUCAAGAGUCCUUCACCAUUAUCAAGGCACUUCCCUUGAAGGGAUGUGUUUCAGUGCCUCACAGCAGUUUGAGGAAAGAAGUCCACACGUCAAGGUUGAGGAGACAGUUGUCAUCAAUUAUGGUAGUAAUACCGCCACUUGUGAAUAAGGGAAAUUACCACCAAACCCUUAGCUAUCUUCAACAGGAAACUCGACAGAUUCAUCAGAAACAGUUCCUGAUUAACCGGGUUGUGGUGUAUAUAUUGGACGGCAGGCACUAACAAUUUGAUAAAUCAGGUCAGCAACUUGGAGCCCGGGUCUGGGGCCGGGUCGCGGGGGCGCUGACCUUCGGAAGCGACUCCAGGUACAUGAUGAGCUCCAGCCAAAUUAUUCUUGUCUGUUAUAGAGGUAAUGAGCCAUAGUAUCCUCUGCUUCAGUGAUAUUGUCAUGUACCAUGGCCUGUGAAGCUCUCGCUUCACACGCUGAGGGCCCAGGUUCGAUUCCCGGCGUGGUGGAAACAUUUCGACACGUUUCCGUACACCUGUUGUCCUGUUCACCUAGAAAGGAGGCACAUGGGUGUUAGUUGACUGAUGUGCGUCGCAUCCUGGGGACAAGAUAAAGGACCCCAGUGGAAAUAAGACAUAUUGUCCCUCGAUGACGCACUGACUUUCUUGGGUUAUCAUGGGUGGCUAACCCUCCGGGGUUAAAAGUCCGAACAAAAGCUUAUCUUACCUUCUCUGAUGUGAAUAUCAAAGGAAGAAGUUAAUAGAGAGAGGUCCAUGUCUUAAAUCCAUGGAUAUAAGACACUAGUGAUACUUGUUACCGAUUUAGAGACUUCCACACUGACAGCCUGGCCUGAAGCCAGACUUCUCUGUUAAAUGUCUGAUCAAACAGGCUCUUGCUGCCUGUAGGCCUACAUAACCAUUACAACCUGGCUAGUCAUGCGCUUUCUGUCUAGUGUUUCUUAUAUCUGCUGAUAAAAGGCUGAUGUGUUGGAUCGCAGAUGUUAGU